AUGUGGAAUCAAACUAUUGACUUGUUCAUACACAAGAAUGACUUUACCAAAUGCGAGAUGGACCACUGCGUCUACGUUGAGAGUGACAAUAAGGUCGUGAUGUUUGUAGUUCUCUACGUUGACGACCUCAUCCUUGCGUGCAAUGACAUGGGUCUUCUCGCAGAUACCAAGCGUGCAUUGAGCGAACGAUUGGAGAUGUCCGAUCUUGGUGAGCUCGAGUACUGCCUCAACAAGGAAUUCGAGCACGAUGACAAGUCGGGCGAUUUGUCGAUGAAACAAACCUAUUUCCUGCGCUCGAUCAUGACCAAGUUCGGCAUUCAAGACUCCAAUCUCGAUAAGAAACUGUAA